AUGAGCUGUCGAGCUGGCAACAGGGCUUUGGCGCCCAAGUCUGCGGGUCGGCUCGCAACACUGAGGAGGGGGGGGGGAACAAGUAUCAAUAGCACAUCUGCGAAAAAGGAAGGCACCCCGGCCACGGACCAGAACACACGACGCGAGAUCAUCCACCGCUGCCGGGCGGCUGUGGGUGCUUUGUACGAGCUUGAUAUCGCCACGAAUAGGGAGCACAGAAGGCGAAAAAAAGUCAGAGGCAGAUUGAAGAUCGCUCCUGCGAUUCAAGCCCGAAAACUCAUGCUCGCCGGCUGGCUGGCUGGCUGCCUGCCUGCCGAUGAGGCAGCCAACGGCAAGAGCGGUCACCAAAAAAUGACGAAGGUGAUAGGAGCCGGUGGCAGUGCCAGUGGCACUAGUGGGCAUCACCAGGAGAAGGAGGAAGGCGAGAAGAAGCUGAUCAAGCAUGACCUGCAGGGGAAGGUGAUCGCUGGAGACGUAGUGACCGGUAGCAGCAGCAGCAGCAGCAGCAGGAAAAGGAGAUGA